CUUUCCACAACGCUUGUGGGAAGAAGCGUGAGAUAUCAUUCUGAAGUUACGUGCUGUGAGCAUCGGAAGGAUACCAUACUUCUGCUAACUUUAAACAAGUAGUUUCUAUUAGGAAUGUAGGUCGUUUACCUACUGCCUUGUGAUACUUUAAAAUGUCCGACAUUGGAACGUUACCACCGGGGACCUUUAUGGACUUUAGUCCAAUACGGAAAUGCGGCGCCGAGAAGGAAAAUGAGUUCCCUGUUUUGAGUCUGGUGCUGUUUUCUAAGGCUCCAUUUGUAUCGUUCGGGACAGUGAAGGUCGGUACCUCGAAGUCUGCUGUUCUCCACAUUGAGAAUCCGGCAGAAGACGCCGAAGCUGAGGUCACCGUUGACAAGAUCCCGUCCAGCAAAGGCUUCUCCGUCAAUCAAACCGCGUUCACAAUCCAGCCCCAGGGUGUGUUUAGCCUGACAAUAACCUGGACUCCAACGGAAGAGGGCGGAAUCAGAGAACUUAUCAUCUUCAUUGGCAAUAGAGUCCUCAAGCACCAGGCAGUCCUGCUUGGGAGAGCCGAAGCAUCAAAAAAGAAAAAGAAGAGCUUAUGGGAUGCAAUCAAAAACAAAAGGGGAGCUGAAAAAGGAUCUCCUUACAAGGGGAAAAGGACUGAACCACCGACAAAGAUGGCUGCCAAUAAAACUGUCCAAGUGUCCCGAAAACCACAGCAUAAACGGGAUAAACUCCGCAGUCCACUUUCUUCACUUAAUGAGGGAAAACCUGUCAGAGAGAAGUUAUUCCACAAGCACAGUCACCCUGAUGAUAACCCUCAAGAGUCAGAGCAAAAAAAGGCUUUAAAUCCCAUUUAUAAGCCAUGGUCUCUGGCAGACCAGGAGAACGUACGCCAUGUUCAAAAACACUCUUCUCCUGUGUUAGCCACACAGGUGACAGGUUCUUUGGUGGAAAAGCUGGAAAGCAAAGUGCUUGCCAAAAUGCUUAAUACAACUCUGUCCCCUAUUGGGACACCAGAGAGGUUCAAAGAGAUCAUGCCUCGCAUUAAAUCAGUUGAAAGUCAUGUUAUCGGAGGCCCAGCACUCUCUUUGACUGAUGCACUGGCCCUCAUUGACUCUGAUCUCAGUCCUGUCAGCAGCAGUCCCCGAGACACCAGUUCCAAUUGUGUAUUUUCCGACUCCCUUGAAUCAAAAAGCGACAAUCAUGAAUGUGGAAUGAACGAGAACGUCUUCAACGCUCAGGUUGGCAGCCCAGAAAUGUCCCAGUCCACAAAGCACGGACUUACCUUUAGCAAGAAGGCUGUUAUGCCCGAGGCCGUGGAAAUACCUACAAAGUUGGCUUUUAAUUGUGAAACGGUGAUUAAAAAGAAGGCACCGGUGAGUGAAAGGAAAAUAAAGAAGUCAAAGCGUCGCCUAAUGGAGAAAACUCUUGAGUUGACUGAAAGCUGCAGCCACUCUGAGUCUGGACCAGGUACCCCGUCUCUACCUGUAAUAGAACCAGACUGGACGCAGAGAUCAGCGGAAGUUGGUUUCUCAUGUGUCAACACAAGAGCAGUCCAAGAAUUAGAUACUUCCAGCACAACUCAAAAAGCUGAUGCCUCACCAUCACCUAUAGCUUUACUUGCCGGCACGCAGAAACCCACAAUUCAUUUGGACUUCACCACCAAUUCCCCACCCCUCAAUGCUCCCCUCAUGACAUUCACUGUCACCUCUCCAUCAUCGUUGAGCGAGUCUUCCUUUCGCCACUGCAGCAACAAACCCAACAAUCGCCUUCCCGAAUCGUCUCCAACAGAUAUCGCCUCAGCCGAUCCGUCCGCUCGGUUGGACUCAUUUCCAAUUCAUACGGCAAGGAAGAGCAGAAAGAGGAAGAGUGAAGAGUAUUUGAAAAGUGCGUUGAAGAUCGACGCUGGUGGGAAAACUGAGCCAGUCAAAAGGACCAGAACGGUGGUUUGGAAAAAUGAGCCCACCAAAUCGACACACGAGAGGACGUGGUUACAGAAGCAGCAGGCCAAAUCAACAGGUUCUGUGCACUCCAUGACGACGUCUCUAAAGACCGCAAAAUCAUCAGUGCCUGCUCAGACAAAGACACAAAGCACCAAACUUGCCUCGCAAGGCGCUGGCUUUCUGAGGUCUUCCCGAGAAUCGAGGGUCAAGGGUGUGAAGCCUGCAAGAGUUGCUGCUUUAGCACAGUCAAAGCUGACCUUCAUCAAACCAGCUCAGACAGUCAUACCAAGGCAUCCACUUCCUUUUGCUGCCAAGAACAUGUUCUACGACGAGAGAUGGAUUGAGAAGCAAGAGAGGGGAUUUACAUGGUGGCUCAACUACGUCCUGACCCCAGAUGAUUUUAAAGUCAACACUGAAAUGACCAAAGUGAGUGCUGCUUCCCUUGCCAUGGGCUGCAGUGAUGAGUUCCACGUUGCCAAAGCGCCCACCAAAGAGGAGAUGUCUUUCAGCACUUACACUGCCCGUCGAAAGUUAAACCGACUCCGCCGAUCUGCCUGCCAGCUCUUCACCUCCGAGACUUUGGUCAAGGCCAUCAAGAAGUUGGAGAUUGAGGUGGAAGCAAAGAGGCUACUUAUCCGCAAAGACCGCCAUCUUUGGAAGGAUAUAGGUGAACGACAAAAAGUCCUCAAUUGGCUUCUUUCCUACAAUCCAUUAUGGUUACGGAUUGGUCUUGAGACAAUCUUUGGGGAGCUCAUCUCUCUGGAGAACAACAGCGAUGCGAUGGGUCUAGCUAUGUUUAUACUCCAGCGACUUCUAUGGAACCCAGACAUCGCGGCUGAGUUUAGGCACCCCAAAGUUCCUCAUCUAUACAAAGAUGGCCACGAGGAGGCGCUGUCUUGCUUCACUCUGAAGAAGCUGCUCUUACUGGUGUGUUUCUUGGACAAGGCCAAAGAGUCUCGCCUGAUGGAACAUGACCCAUGUCUGUUCUGCAUGGAUGCAGAGUUCAAGAAAAGUAAAGACCUGCUGCUGGCUUUCUCGAGAGACUUUCUAAGCGGAGAGGGGAUCCUGCCCCGCCAUCUUGGCUACCUGGGACUACCCGUCUCCCAUGUUCAAACUCCCCUUGACGAGUUCAACUUUGCUGUGGGGAAUUUGGCAGUUGACUUAAAAUGCGGAAUUCGACUUGUGAGAGUCAUGGAGCUGCUCAUAAAGCAGUGGGGCUUGUCAGCAAAGCUUCGACUGCCAGCCAUCAGCCGCCUGCAAAAAGUCCAUAACGUAGAUAUCACUUUCCAAGUCCUCAAAAGCAGAGGGGUGGACCUCAAGGAUGAACUUGGCCAGAUCAUAGAUUCCAGAGACAUUGUGGAUGGACACAGAGAGAAGACAUUGAGCCUACUGUGGAAAAUAAUUUUUUCGUUUCAGGUGGAAGUGAUUUUGGAUGACGAUCUGAUGAGGGAGGAGAUUGGCUUCCUGAGGAGAACGCUAUGGACAAAACAGAGAUUGGCUUCUUUGAAGGCUGAUCGAGGCCCAGACUCUAGCGCGCCAAAGACCCAGGUGCCCUAUGAACACAGCAGCACUAAGGUGGCUCUGCUGAUGGAGUGGGCCCGAUCUGUGUGUGACUUCUACAACCUGAAGGUGGAGAACUUCACCGUGACAUUUUCCGAUGGCCGUGUUCUCUGCUACUUGAUUCACCACUACCAGCCCGGUCUCAUCCCAGAGAAGUCUGUGCAUCAUAUCACCACCCAGACUGUGGAAUGCUCGUCUCGGGGUCGCCUGGAGCUCGACUGCUCAGCCACAGAUUCGGACAACUCUUUUGACAACUCUUCGACGGGCCAAAACGGACCACAGUCCCCGUCUGUUGAGUUUAAAGAGCUACUGGAAAAUGAGAAGAGCAACUUCAGACUGGUUAAUAAUGCAGUGGCUUUCCUGGGUGGAGUGCCCGCCAUGAUCAACCCAGCUGACAUGUCCAACACCAUCCCCAAUGAGAAGGUUGUGAUGUCUUACCUGUCUUUCCUGUGCGCUCGUCUCCUGGACCUGCGUAAUGAAACCAGAGCAGCUCGCAUCAUACAAGGUGCCUGGAGGAAAUACAGACUAAAGAAGGACCUGCAGUUGUACAAGGUCAGAAAUGUGGCUGCUGGGAAAAUCCAGGUAGCCUUGAGGCAUUUUCUUGCGCGGCGCUGGGCCGAGAAGCAAUGUGCAGCUUCCUUAAUCAUCCAAUCCGCUUGGAGAGGAUAUGUCACUCGCAAAUCACUGAGGACCGAAAAAGAUGCAGCGCUCUGGAUCAAACACCAUCAAGCAGCAACAAUCAUCCAGGCGCAGUGGAGAAUGUUUUCCGCCAUGAAGUCUUACCACCAGCUCCGAUACUACACGAUUGUGCUCCAAGCACGAUGGCGAAUGAGGAAGGCCGCCACAGCAUUUGGAAGAAUCUACUGGGCAACAGUUGUCGUACAAAGACAUUUAAGAGCUUGGAUUCUUGCAAGAAAACAGAGGGGACAGUAUCUCUUGCUCCAAUCUGCAGCGGUAAAAAUACAGAGAGGCUACAGACAGUGGAAAAUCCUGAAAACUCAAAAGGAAAACCAUGCAGCCAAAGUAGUGCAAACUAUAUUCCGGAAAUGGUACGCAGAGAAAAUGCCCAACAGAGCAUCUGCAGCGGUUAAGAUUCAAUCUUGGUAUCGAAUGAGGAGGUGUUUGUAUCAGUACAAAAAGUUCCAAAGAAGCAGCUUGCUCAUUCAAGCCUACUACAGAGCUCAUGUACAAAGGCGGAACUUUCACAAACUGAAGCAACAGCACAACUCGGCCAUUGUCAUCCAGAGUGUCUUCAGAGGGUACGCUGUCAGGAAACGGGUGAAUAGGAAUAGAACAGCAUUCCUCCAGAAGAGAGUAGCCUGUGUUAUACUACAAGCUGGAUUUCGAGGCAUGAAAAUUAGGACAGAACUGAAGAAAAAGCAUAAAGCUGCAACCGUCAUUCAGUCUGCAGUUAGGAUGUUUUUAUGUAGGAAACGGUACAUUCUCCUUCAAAGCGCUGCGAUUGUAAUCCAGUGUCGUUAUAAAGCACUGCUCCAGUGCAGAGCUCAGCAACAUGUGUACAGAGAGCAAAAGAAAGCUGCUAUAACAAUCCAAGCAGGGUACAGAGCAUGGAGAGAAAAAGAAGAAAUUAACAAGAGGCACCAUGCUGCCAGAGUAAUCCAGGCUAAAUUCAAAAUGUACGAAGUGCGGAUGGCUUACCUUGCUACUAAGUGUGCUGCAGUCAUUAUUCAAGAACGGUUCAGGGCCAAAAUCCUCAUGAAUCAACAGCUGAAAAUGUACAGAGAUAUGAAAUCUGCUGCUGUUAUUAUCCAAGCAGCAUAUCGCGGCCACCAGGCCAGGAUGGAGGUUAUGAAAAUGCACUGUGCUGCAAUGGUCAUUCAGAGAAUGUUUCUCACUUUUCAGGAACGGAACAAAUUCCUCGCUAUCAGGACAGCAGUUUUGGUGUUCCAGCAGCGUUACAGGGCAGUGACUCUGAUGAAAAAAGCCCGGACAGAUUAUCUGUCAAAGCGCAUGGCAGCCAUUUGUUUGCAGUCUGCCUUUAGAGGAUACACAGUCCGAAAGCAAUUGAUCAUCAAGCAUAAAGCCGCUGUUACAAUUCAAUCCAACUUUAGGAAAUGUCAACAAAAACACUUCUACAGGAGAUUACAAUGGGCUGUCAGUGUUUUGCAGGGACGUUACAGAGCCAACAAGAAAAUGAGACAUGAGAGAUUGACUUUUCGUGCCAAGAGACAUGCUGCCAUCAUUUUACAAUCUGCCUUCCGGGGAAUGAAAUCCAGACGGAUCGUCAAACAAAAACACCAGGCAGCUGCCACUAUACAGAGAGUUUUCAGAGCCCACUAUGAACACAAGAAGUACCUUGCUUUGAAAUCCUCAGUGCUUGCUAUGCAGCGCAGAUAUCGUGCGACCUUGACAGCCAAAUCACAAAUGCGACUUUAUCAAAACAUACGCAAGUCUGCGGUCAUCAUUCAGGCAGCAUACAGAGGGAUGCGGGCCAGAAAGAAUGUUGUUCUUUGGCAUCAAGCUGCCACGGUGAUACAGUCUGUUUUUAGGCGACACAAAGCGGAAGUUAAAUUCCAGGCCAUGCGUCUAUCAGCAAUCAUCAUCCAGAAAUACUACCGAGCUUACGUCCGCCACAAACAAGAAAGGGAAUUAUUCGUCAAAGUCAGAUCAUCAGCCAUUGUUCUGCAGGCAGCAUUUAGAGGUUAUUCUGCAAGAAGAGAAAUUGCCAAGAUGCAAAGAGCGGCUACUGUCCUCCAAGCAACUUUCAGAAAGCAUAAGCAGCAAUCGACUUUUAGGAAGCAAUGCUGGGCUGCCUGCGUACUGCAGCAGAGAUUCAGAGCUCUUAAACAGAGAAACGUUGAAGUUAGAAAAUAUAAUGAAAUCAGAAAAUCUGUCGUUUGUCUACAAGCUGCCUUCCGGGGAAUGAAAUCAAGGCAAUCCGUCAAACAAAUGCAUCAGGCUGCUACCACGAUCCAGAAGGCUUUCAGAGCCUGUUGUGAACACAAGAAGUAUCUUGCCUUAAAAACAUCAGUGCUCGCCAUACAGUGCAGAUAUCGUGCCACUGUAGCAGCCAAAUCACAAAUGCAACAUUACCAAAACAUGAAAGAAGCAGUUGUGCUUAUUCAGGCAGCAUACAGAGGGAUGCGGGUCAGGAAUUGUGUUGCUCGGUGGCAUCAGGCUGCCAUUGUGAUCCAGUCUGCUUUUAGACGACACAGGGAAGAAAUCAAAUUCCAGGCCAUGCGUCUCUCAGCUGUUAUCGUCCAGAGAUACUUCCGGGCUUAUAUCCUUCAGAAACAAGAUCGUAGACGCUACUUCAAAGUCAGAUCCUCCGCUAUUGUUCUUCAGGCAGCAUUCAGAGGUUAUUCAGUGAGGAGAAGAAUUGCUCUAAUGCACAAAGCCGCUACUGUCCUACAAGCAAAUUUCAAGAGGCAUAGGCAGCAAAUGACUUUGAGGAAGCAACGUUGGGCUGUCUCUGUCUUACAGCAGAGAUUUAGAGCUCUUAAACAGAAAAAUGUUGAGGUAAAGCAUUAUCAAGAAGUAAAGAAAGCUGUGAUUUCUCUGCAAGCUGCCUUCCGGGGAAUGAAGUUAAGACAAUCCAUCAGACAAAUGCAUCAGGCUGCCACCACUAUCCAGAAGGCUUUCAGAGCCCAUUGUGAAUACAAAAAGUAUCUCGCCUUAAAAACAUCAGUGCUUUGCAUACAGCGCAGAUAUCGUGCCACUGUAGCAGCCAAAGCACAAAUGCAAAAUUACCAAAACAAGAAAAAAGCUGUUGUGAUUAUUCAGGCAGUAUACAGAGGGAUGCGAGUCAGGAAUUGUGUUGCUCAGUGGCAUCAGGCUGCCAUUGUGAUCCAGUCUGCUUUUAGACGACACAGGGAAGAAAUCAAAUUCCAGGCCAUGCGUCUCUCAGCUGUUAUCGUCCAGAGAUACUUCCGAGCUUAUAUCCUUCAGAAACAAGACCGUAGACACUACUUCAAAGUCAGAUCCUCAGCUAUUGUUCUUCAGGCAGCAUUUAGAGGUUAUUCAGUGAGGAGAAGAAUUGCCCUAAUGCACAGAGCCGCUACUAUCUUACAAGCAAACUUCAAGAGGCAUAAGCAGCAAGUGACUUUCAGGAAGCAACGUUGGGCUGCCUCUGUCUUACAGCAGAGAUUUAGAGCUCUUAAACAGAAAAAUGUUGAGGUAAAGCAUUACCAAGAAGUAAAGAAAGCUGUGAUUUCUCUGCAAGCUGCCUUCCGGGGAAUGAAGUUAAGACAAUACAUCAGACAAAUGCAUCAGGCUGCCACCACUGUCCAGAAGGCUUUCAGAGCCCAUUGUGAACACAAGAAGUAUCUUGCCUUAAAAACAUCAGUGCUCGCCAUACAGCGCAGAUAUCGUGCCACUGUAGCAGCCAAAGCACAAAUGCAAAAUUACCAAAACAAGAAAAAAGCUGUUGUGAUUAUUCAGGCAGCAUACAGAGGGAUGCGAGUCAGGAAUUGUGUUGCUCGGUGGCAUCAGGCUGCUAUUGUGAUCCAGUCUGCUUUUAGACGACACAGGGAAGAAAUCAAAUUCCAGGCCAUGCGUCUCUCAGCUGUUAUUGUCCAGAGAUACUUCCGAGCUUAUAUCCUUCAGAAACAAGACCGUAGACACUACUUCAAAGUCAGAUCCUCAGCUAUUGUUCUUCAGGCAGCAUUCAGAGGUUAUUCAGUGAGAAGAAGAAUUGCCCUAAUGCACAGAGCCGCUACUAUCUUACAAGCAAACUUCAAGGGGCAUAAGCAGCAAAUUACUUUCAGGAAGCAACGUUGUGCUGUCAAUGUCUUACAGCGGAGAUUUAGAGCUCUUAAACAGAAAAACAUUGAGGUGAAGCAUUAUCAAGAAGUCAAAAAAGCUGUGAUUUCUCUGCAAGCUGCCUUCCGGGGAAUGAAAUCAAGACAGUCCAUCAAACUGAUGGAUCAGGCUGCCACCACUAUCCAGACAGCUUUUAGAGCUCAUCGUGAAAAGGAAAAAUAUCUGAAAAUAAAAUCCUCUGUACUAACAAUUCAGCGACAAUUUCAAGCCACUGUAGCAGCCAAAACUCAAAGGAAAAGAUUCUUGGACGCACGCCGCUCAGCUAUUGUCUUUCAGGCAACAUACAGAGGCCAGCAAGCUCGGAAGCAUCUUGCUCAUUUGCACUUGGCUGCAACAAUAAUCCAGACCGCAUACAGGAAGCAUGUAGCGGUAGUCAAAUUCCAGGAAAUGCGUGCGUCUGCUGUAUUUAUCCAGAGAUUCUACCGGGCCUUCAAUGAUCAGAGGCAAGAAAGAAACAAUUUCCUGAAAAUCCUGCAAGCCACCAUUAUUAUUCAGGCUGCUUUCAAAGGCUACUGUGUGAGGAAGCACAUAAAUCGACAAAGCCAAGCUGCCUGUGUCAUCCAGUCGUAUUGGAGGUGCAUAAUCCAGAGGCGCGUCUUUUUGAAGAAAAGAGAAGCAGCUGUGAAAUUGCAACAGAAAAUUCGAGCAAUGCAGCUUGGAAAGCUGGACAGGAACAAGUAUGUCCGGAUAAGGCAGGCGGCAAUCACACUUCAGACCCAAUACAGAGCUUGGACUGCACGGAAGCUGAAACUUGAGGCUGCCAAUGUACAGAGAAGACUUUGUUUCGCUGGGGCUGUCUACCACCACCUCAGUGCCAUCAAAAUCCAAAGAGCUUUGCGAGCACACUGGGUCUUGGAGUCUGCUAAGAGACAGAUCCAUAUCGUCAUCGCCAUACAACGCUUGGUGCGAGUGAAACAGCAAAAAAGACGCUAUAUGGAAAACCGAAGGAAAGUAGUCACCGCCCAGAGAGCAGUCAGGCGUUGGUUAACUCGUCGCCACAAGGCUGCGUCUGUCAUCCAGGAUGCUACGCGCAGGUUUCUCCUUCUCAGGCGCCAGAAGAGAAGAGAACGGGGCAUUGUCAAAGCACAGGCUCUUUGGAGAGGACACUGCUCCCGCCGCUUGAAUGACAAUGCCAAAAUAAUAAAGUUGAGACAGAACUUGCGUAAAGUCUCAACUAGUGCCCGAGAAGAGGACAAAUUGUUCAACAAAACAUUCUCCGCCUUGGACUGUAUCCUUCGAUACAAACACUUCUCCCACAUCCUCAAGGCACUGGAAAACCUAGAGACCACGACCAGGUUGUCACCUGUGUGCUGUGAGCAGCUGGUAGACCGUGGCGCCACCAGUGUCAUCUUCACGCUCAUACGAAGCUGCAACAGGAGCGUGUCCUGCAUGGAUGUCAUCACCUUCUCCAUCCAGAUCCUCCUCAACCUCGCUAAGCACCACAAAACCACUGAAGCGGUAUAUUUGGUGGACAACUCGGUGGACACACUGGUGGACCUGCUGCUGCGGUACAGAGGGAAAGCGGGAGAUAAAGUGCCGGACAAAGGUGGCAUAAUCUUUACCAAGGCCAGCUUCCUGUUGCUUCUGCUCCUGCAAGACAAAAAACAUGUUGGGGAGGUUAUGAAUAAUCCAAAGAUGUUGGAUCGGUUAAGAAGCAUUUAUCGCCUCACUGUCCACAAGCACAAGAUGGAUGCCGAAAGAAAUGUUACGAAACAGAAGAUGAACGCAUCGAUCAACGGAAGUUUCUAUGUCCAACAGACGCCCCCACGUAAAUCCCGCCCCGUGCCAAAGUUUGCACCAGACUGGGUUCUCAGGAAGGAUACGAUUAAAGACAUAGUGGAUCCUCUCAUGGCCAUCCAGAUGGUGGCUAACACGCUGUUCAUCUCCUUGUAAAAAAAAGCUUUUAAAUCCUUA